GACGAGAAAACAUCUUAUUCUCUGUUCCAGCUCAACAACAGGCCAUCAGAUUCUUGAACUGCCCACACUGAGCACAGUAAGAUGGCGACCCUUGUUGGCUCAUUCACCCAAUCUCAAUUGUUCAACUUCGCCUGUGUUCCCCUUCUCCUUCUCCAAUGCUCCCUACUCCAUCCUGCAUACGAGGCAGACCCAUCAGCUCGAGUGAUCCGGUUGCUGCUCUUGCCGGCCAUCAUAGUCCUGGCAGUGUCUACUCAAUCACGGAAAUUAUUCUUACCGCUGGAGGAGUACCUCCAUGUCAAUUAUGGCCUUGUGGCUGUGCCCACAUUUCAUAUCUGCUGUCUGGCCGUCCAGUUCGCCUUCCAUCGUGGGCCAGCCUUGAAAGAACCCGUCUCGGAGACCGAAAAACAUGACAUAGCCACAACAGACCCGGCAAAGGUCAUCAAGAGCUCGGGAGGAUCCAUUGAGACUCAGAGUGCCCCGAAUACAGGGCGCCGGAAGCUCAAUCAACUCGUAAAUCAGAAACGGACCAUCAAGCUCAAGCGCGAUUCUCACUCGAAUGAUUCGCCCGCUGUGGCGGAAUUAAUCAAAUUUUCGAUCGGGAUAGUUGCCAGUCCCAGAGGUUUAGCCUACACUUGGGCGCCGCCAACCCGAUGUUUAUCACGCGCCCCAAGGAAGCCGAUUCUGCAAUUUAUUCGAGAGCAUCUGGUUGAUAUCAUCAAGAAGCAUGUCCUGUUCCUAAUCACGUGUGCUUACCUGCUACCUGCGAUCAACCAUCCGGAGGGCCCGUGCGGUUGGAUAUCGGAGACGUUCGGCAUCGAAAGAUCGCGCGCGCUAGACGUCGUCAUCAACCAACUCACCGCCGCCGUCUUCACCUUCUCGGCCAUCUGCGCCUUCAAUAUCCUCGGCGGGGUCCUUAACGGCGCCGAGCUGCUCUUCAUCACCCUCGCUCGCCUGAUUCUCCCCGAAGACCUCCGUCCUGAGCCCUUCGAUACUACUCUCUACCCGCCGCUCUUCAACAGGCUCGGAUCUCGAGAUAAUCUAUCCGAAUUUUGGGGCCAAGGAUGGCAGUGUGUCUUCAGAAGGGAUUUUGUGUUCUGCGGUGGCCUGCCAAUGGCUAAACUGGGCUCCUUUCUCUUCGGACCUCAGUCUGAACUCCUUUUCGCUCUUAUGGGCUCCAUGCUCUUGAGUGGCAUCUUUCACGAAUGGGGGAUCCUUACAAUCACCAAGCCGGACUUAGGAUUCAACACGACAAAGUUCUUUGUGAUCCAAGGGCUGGGGAUCGUACUCGAGAGGAAACUGAACUUGCGAAAGGUGUUGGGCGGCCGGGCAAUGCGCCCGUUGCGGUACUUUCUGACCUACUUUUGGCUGUCGUAUUGGAGCCAGGAUAUGUUCGAGAUCUUGUAUGACCGCGGCUUGGGGCGCUCCGGAAUCAUAGAUAGCGAUUUCAGAAAGUGGUACUGGUUCCAGUACUGUUUGCCUUUUGGGCCCUUCUUGCCCAGAGGAUUGAUUAACGGGAUCAAAGCUCAUAAUGGCUGACUGUGUGAUCGAAUAUGCACCGCUUAUCCCAUGAAUCACAAAUAAGACGAAAGCGAUGGAGCCGUUCUACUCUUUCUUGCCUUUUCUACCGUUUUCAUUUUCUAAAAUGUAUGCCAGUUGAAUCAAAAAAUAAUAUAUAAAAAAAUUAUUUUGUUGCCAAACCUUCUUCAUUAAUUAAUCUUCUAUUUCCUUCUGUUUUUUUGUCCGGUCUAAACUCAGCACAUCAGUAAACAUUCCUCUUCCCUUGUACG